GAGACGGGACCUAAGUUAAAAAAUCAGGUUUCCGAUUGCCCUAACCGGCUUCAACGGAGAGACCCAAGCGCCCUUUUGGCUCAAACUUUUUUAUUCAGCAUGCUCAAAUUUCUCAGUUUGUUACUUCAAAUUUGAACCCUCUUGGAUAUUUCAUCUUCACUCUUCGUCUGCAAGAACCAAACCACUAGCAUUUUUCAUAAACCCGCUUCAGUCAAAGGAGGUUUAUUCAGCAUAAGGAAGGAUUAGGGUUAGGGUCAGUUCUUCGAUUUGGGGCGACAAUGAUGUACCCUGAUCCUCAACAGCAACACCACCAACAGCAGCAUCAGCAUCAGCAGCAUCAGCAGCAAGGUGGGGAAUUUCACAGGGGCCCCCCGCCGCAGGCACCAAUGAUGCGUCAGCCGUCGGCCUCUUCAACUAAUAUGGCCCCAGAGUAUCACCACCCAUCUGGCCCCGCUCCUCCUCUUCCUCCUUACGAUGCUCAUCCUGACGGUUUUGCUGCAAAAAGGAUGAGAAAGCUUACCCAGAGGAGAGCAGUUGAUUACACUAGCACUGUGGUGCGAUAUAUGCAGAUUCGAAUGUGGCAGCGUGAUGCAAGGGAUAGGACGGUAUUGCAACCUACACCAGCAGCAGCAAUUGAUAUGUUGCCGACAGUUGCGUAUUCAGAUAAUCCCUCCACUAGUUUUGCUGCAAAGUUUGUACAUACGUCCUUAAACAAAAAUCGUUGUUCGAUUAAUCGGGUCUUGUGGACUCCUACAGGGAGACGUCUUAUUACCGGCUCUCAAAGUGGGGAAUUCACUCUUUGGAAUGGACAAUCAUUUAACUUUGAAAUGAUUCUUCAGGCGCAUGAUCAAGCAAUCAGGUCUAUGGUAUGGAGUCAUAAUGACAAUUGGAUGGUCUCUGGUGAUGAUGGGGGCUCAAUAAAGUAUUGGCAGAACAACAUGAAUAAUGUGAAGGCCAAUAAAUCUGCUCAUAAAGAAUCUGUUCGUGAUUUAAGCUUCUGUAAGACUGACUUGAAGUUCUGUUCCUGUUCUGAUGAUACCACUGUUAAAGUUUGGGAUUUUGCACGUUGUCAAGAAGAGCGCACAUUGACUGGCCAUGGUUGGGAUGUGAAGAGUGUUGACUGGCACCCUACCAAAUCUCUACUAGUUUCAGGUGGGAAAGACAAUCUUGUCAAACUUUGGGAUGCUAAGUCAGGGCGAGAACUCUGUUCAUUUCAUGGCCACAAAAAUAUGGUGCUCUCUGUUAAAUGGAACCAAAAUGGUAACUGGGUGCUAACGGCUUCCAAGGAUCAAAUCAUUAAGGUUUAUGACAUAAGGGCUAUGAAGGAACUUGAAUCUUUUCGUGGCCAUCGAAAGGACGUGACUGCUCUGGCUUGGCAUCCGUUUCAUGAAGAAUAUUUUGUCAGUGGGAGUUUUGAUGGAUCCAUUUACCAUUGGCUUGUUGGGCAUGAUACUCCCCAGGUUGAAAUUCCUAAUGCACAUGAUAACAGUGUGUGGGAUCUUGCAUGGCAUCCUAUUGGUUAUCUUCUCUGCAGUGGUAGCAACGAUCACACUACGAAGUUUUGGUGCAGAAAUAGGCCGGGAGACACCGGUCGUGAUAAAUUUAACAUUGGUCAGAAUCAAGGUUUUGGUGAGCAGAACCCUGCUUUUGGUGGUCGCAUGACUGGUAACUUUCCAGUACCUGAAGGACCACCAACUCCAGGACCAUUUCCUCCUGGGUUGACUCGAAAUGAAGGAACAAUUCCAGGUGUUGGAGUUGCUAUGCCGUUAUCUCUUGAUGCAUCAACUCAGGGAGAGCAACAGCAACCUCAUGCACUUUCGAUGCCUUCAGGGGCUCCUCCUCUCCCUCCAGGUCCACACCCCUCUCUUCUUGCUGCUAAUCAGCAGCAACAAUAUCAGCAAAAUCCUCAACAGAUCCCACAACAGCAACAUCAACAACACCAAGCUCACCCACAGCAAAUGCCCCCUAUGCCUUUGCCACCUCCAAAUAUGCCACAUCUACAGCCUCCAUCCCAUUUACCGUUGCUGCCCCAUCCACAUUUACAUCGCCCACCACCCCAAAUGCCCCCACUCGGGAUGCCAUCAUCAGUGCCUGGAUCCUUGCCUAUGCCUUCAUCAGUUCCUACCUCACAUUCAAUGCAACUGGGAAUGCAAGGUACAAUGAACCAGAUGGUUCAUCCAUUGCCGCAAGGUCAUUACAUGGGCAUGAAUCCAAUGCACUCAGGAUCCCUACCUACAAGUGGAGCAUCUGCACCUGUUGGAGGUUUUGCAAAUGGUAUGCCAAACAUGCAGGGCCCAUCAAAUGCAAGUGGAGGCCAAAUGUAUCCUCAGGGUGGCGCCUUUAAUCGGGGUCAACCUGGGCAAAUUCCAAUGCAUCCAGGGUAUAAUCCCUACCAGACUAGGGGUCAGUCUGGUAUGCCUCAACCUCCACCAGGUCCGCCACCGCACGGGCAAGCACCUCAGUAGACCAUUUUCUAUCCGACUUCACUUAUCUAGGCCCCCCUCCCCUCUCUCCCCCUCGUUUCAGGACAGCUUGUUUGUAUGUAAAUCCUCACCUUUGCCCUGUAGCUUUCUUUGUACUUUAGCAUAGAAGUGACGCAUUGAGAUGGCUUUGUCAAGCAAACAGAAGAAAAUUGCACGAGUUAUCCGGAGUGACUGGGCGUUAAGUGUCCAUAGUAUGUCCAUCAAAUUUCAGGGCUAACCCAGGGCAGACAGUGGAAGCUACAAAACUGGAGUACUGAAAAUUGUCGUCUGUUCAAUUUUGUUAUUGUUAUGUACGUUGGCCUAGAAUUGACUCAUUGAGAUGGCUUUGGUUGAGCAGCAAAAAUCAUUUAAAUUCCCGUAUGCUCUUUUUGGUUUUAUUGUUACUUGGUAGAAGCAACGGUGCAGAUUCUUCUUCUGUCUAAAGAAAUGAAAGCUCCGGCGCUUCUUAUGACAAAAAAAGCAUGCACGUCUUCUGAUCAGUAGAGAUGUUGAGGUUGGCCUUAAUUAGAACAAUGCUUCUUUCUGGAGAGAGAUGUUUGCCAUUACCGCUAUGAAUUGUGGUUUACCUGUGAAAUUGGAACAGUUACGAAAAUGACUCAUUUGAUAUUCGAAUUAAUUUCCUUUUUCUUUAA